AUGCUAAACGUCCCAGUGGACGAAUGCGUGUUCGUGUCUAACGCCACCUCCGGUGUCAACACGGUUCUCCGCAAUCUCCAAUACAAUGAAAAGGACUGCAUCAUCUACUUCGACACGAUCUACGGCGCGUGCGAGAAAACCCUGCAGUCAAUCGUGGAGACGAAUCCACAACUCCAACUACGAAAGGUCGGACACGGCCAGGACUUUGCAUAUUCACUGCCAUGCACCCAUUCCGAAAUCCUCAAUGCCCUCUCUCAGACCAUUUCCCGAGUCUUGUACGACGGAUUGACACCCAAGGUUUGCCUGUUUGAGACCAUCGUCUCGUUGCCUGGUGUCCGGUUUCCCUUUGAGAGAAUCACCAGAAUGUGCAAAGAAUAUGGGAUCCUCAGUCUGAUCGAUGGCGCCCAUGGCGUGGGUCAAAUUCCAUUGAACCUCAAAACACUGGACCCCGAUUUCUUUGUUAGUAACUGUCACAAAUGGUUGUAUACUCCGCGAGGCUGUGCGGUGUUCCAUGUUCCAAAGAGGAAUCAACACCUAAUCCGGACGACAUAUCCCACCUCACACGGUUACGUGCCUCUGGAUAGUGACACCGUCAUCAGGAAUCCACUCCCAGCGACGGACAAGACCCCUUUUGUGAAUUUGUUUCAAUUCGUUGCGACGGCUGACAACGCCCCUUACUACUGUGUGCCAGCCGCAAUGAAUUUCCGCCAGAACCUCUGCGGCGGUGAGGAAGCUAUAUACACCUAUAUCCGAGAUAUCGCGCAACGAGGAGCCGAUUUGCUUGCCAUGUUACUGGGGACCGAAGUCAUGGAUGACUUGGAUGCAGGCUUCGGACUUAAGACGAUGGGAAGCUACGAAGCCAGCGACCGCCGAGAAGGCGGAAGACAUGGCUGGACCGGCGGUCUGAGAGACUGUGCCAUGGCCAACGUCCUCCUGCCAGUGACCAUUGUGGGCGCGAGUACGCGUGGAAGUAUCAGUAUGGGGCCGGGUGGAUCAGGAAGCGCUGGUGGUCUCUCGCCCGCCUUCCGACAAAGCUCGUACGGAUUCCCCAGUGCUGCAGCAAGUGCACGUAUACCGUCGGGGGGCUCCGGCUCUCUCCUUGAUCCGACACCACGUUCCACAUCACCACUCAAUUCACCCAGUCUGAGUUCGGCAGGGCCACUCAUUAUCCAACAUGCGGAUGUGCCAGUGCACGUCGACUGGAUGCAAAAGACGCUGGUGGACGAGUUUCAUACCUUUGUUGCAAUCUACCCCUACGACGGUAAACUCUGGACCCGGAUUUCCGGCCAGAUUUACCUAGAGCUCCGGGACUUUGAGUGGUUAGGAGGAGUGCUAAAGGGACUUCUCGAACGAGUCCGCGCAGGCGAGAGUUUGCGGGGAAAGGCUCCACAGCCAGGGGACGUCGACCUGGAGAAUCUCAGACUAACUCCGACACCGUCGCGGCAAGGGACAGGAAUAUCGGUGAGGAGGUUCGACAUCACUCAAGGGGGUUGGGUUGACACGUAA